UUCCCUUUCAUUUCAAGAGCUACCGCGCACAGUGAAAAUGCAUCGCGGCGUCUUGCGCAGCUUAGUACUGCUAGCGCUGCUGGCGACGGUAGCCUCCUCCCAAUCGUCCAGCGGCUCAACGUCCACCUCCAUUUUCACGAACUCGACAACGAACUCUUCAUCCUCCUCGUCGAGCUCCAAGAGCCAAUGCGAAAUUUGCCGUGACGGUGGCGACUGCUCCAAGGCCUACAACGGAGCCGCUGGGAAAUUUUGUAACUCGUGGCUGGACCGAUCUAGCAACCGACGCGCAUGCUGCUGCCCAGCCAGCGAUGUCUGCUCCUCGGACAACACUUACGAAUGCACGUGCCAGCUCAAAAAGAACGAGCGCCCGUCGUACUGGAUCUGGAUCGGUCUCGGCGUCUUCGCCGUCGGUGGACUGAUCGGUGCUAGCGCCCUGAUGGCCAUUCGCAAGCGUCGCACGCAGCAGCAAGGUGCUUACCGACCUGAAGCUGGUAUGGCGUACCCCCAGCAACCCGUGUACGCCCAAGGUGGCUACCCCCAGCAAGGCUACGCACCAGGCAGUUACGAGCAGCCAGUGUAUGCCCAAGGAGGCUACGCUCAACCUACAUACGUUCAGCCGGGCUACGGACCUGGCGGCUAUCGAGACGACUAUGGUCGAGGCGGACGUCGUGGGAUGGGCACGGGCGGUGCUGUGGCUAUGGGUGCUGCGGGAGGUCUACUGGGUGGUCUUCUAAUCGGUGAAGCCCUAGGUGACAUGGGCGGCGAUGGAGGCGGUGGUGGCGAAUUUGGUGGAGACUUUUAGAUCGACAUCAUAAAUGAGGGGGAAACUCCCCAGAGAAUAUAGCGCACAUGGAUAUCCAAA